GCGCCGCUUGAGCCCGCAAAGGGUUAAACGGGGUUACCAGCGAUCCUUUCAACAGGCAGGUGCCCCGCCAGUCCCAGCCCAAAGCAUACCACCGACUUAAAAAAAAAAAAAAAAAAAAAGGUUCUUUCAACAUCUCAGGAGCAACUCAUAACUGUCAUGUUGCGAGGAACUUCGCGAGUCAUGGUAAUGAUGGCUGCGGCGCGUUAGUAUAAAUAGAUCAUAUCCGCUGUGGAAGAGGGAUAUCAAACUGGACAAAUCAGCUGACACAUCGUCCCGACUCGCGGACUCACCUACUUUUAUAGGCUAUUCAGAGAAGUGGAGUUUGCGUAGUGCUGGAUCACAGAAAUCUUAAACUUAAAAAAAAAAAAAUCUUCAGCACUUGUUGAGUUGUGUUUCGCUCUGGAGAUGUGGUGGAUGCUGUUUCCACGGUGGAUCUGGUUCCUGGCGUGUUUGUCAGUAUGGAUGGAGCACCAGGUCGGAGUUUUGCCCCACAUCACCUAUUCACACCCGGGGAUCUGCCCCAAUGAGAUGAACCCCAACCUGUGGGUGGAUGCCAUGAGCACGUGCACACGAGAGUGUGAAUCUGAUCAGGAGUGUGAGUCCUUUGAGAAGUGUUGCCAAAAUGUGUGUGGGAAUCGGAGUUGUGUGGCGGCCCGUUACCUGCACAAGGAGAAGGGCCCCAUGGGAAUGCCCAAGGAAGCCACCUGCACCAGUUUCAUGUGCACCCAGCAGGGCUCUGAGUGCGACAUCUGGGACGGCCAGCCCAUGUGUAAGUGCCGGGAUCGCUGCGAGAGGGAGCCGCACUUCACCUGCGCGUCUGAUGGCAUGACCUACUACAACAAGUGCUACAUGGACGCCGAGGCCUGCUCCAAGGGCAUCACCCUGGCUGUUGUCACCUGCCGCUUCCACCUCACCUGGCCCAACACCAGCCCCUCGCUGCCCCAGGCCACCACUCUUCGCCCGACCACCGCUCCUCUUCAGGCGACUAUCCCCCCUCCCACUGAGCCUCAGACACCCUUCGUGGUCAGCAUCCCUGCUCACCAGACUGUUAACGUGGGUGACACAGCCAGCUUCCUGUGUGACGUGACGGGUCGACCCCGGCCUGACAUCACCUGGGAGAAGCAGCAGCCGGAGGGGGUGGAGAGGGUCGCCAUGAGGCCUAAUCACAUGCGAGUGAACAUGGUGGUCACUAACAUCGGUCAGCUGGUCAUCUACAAUGCCCAGCCGCAUGAUUCGGGCAUCUACACCUGCACCGCUCAGAACCCAUCUGGCUCAGUGCAGGCCAACCACCCACUGACUGUGCUUCCCACGGAGCCACCCAAGACCCCAGAGCCCGAGAACGUGACCCGCUGCCUGCCUGACGAGUGUCUGAAGCCCCCUGACAACCCAGAGGACUGCGGUAGCGAAAUGGAAAAAGUCAGCUGGUACUACGAGCCGAAGACCAACAACUGCUUCUCCUUUACCCACUGCCACAUCAACAGCAACAGCCAGCAGCCCAGGAAGGUGUUCGAGUCGUAUGACGAGUGCAUGCAGUGCUGCGGUCCCGAGCUUUCAGGCCCCUGCGGGCUCCCCAGCCUGCAGGGCCCUUGUAAGUCCUACGAGCCACGCUGGGCCUACAGCAGAACCCUGCGGCAGUGUCAGUCCUUUAUCUACGGGGGGUGUGAGGGCAACGACAACAACUUUGAAUCUAAAGAAGCCUGCGAGGAGAUUUGCCCCUACCCGAAAAAUCACCACUGCAAGGCCUGCAAACCGAGAGGCAAGAUGGUGACGAGCUUCUGCCGAAGCGACUUUGUCGUCCUGGGCCGAAUGACGGAGCUCACAGAGGAGAAGGACUCGGGCCACGCCCUGGUGACUGUGGAAGAGAUCCUGAAGGAUGAGAAGAUGGGUCUCCGUUUCUUUGGCAAGGAGCCUCUGGAGGUCACGUUCCUCAACAUGGACUGGAAUUGCCCGUGCCCGAACAUCACAGGUGCUGCUGCUGAGGGACAGGUCAUCAUCAUGGGCAACGUGAGCGACGGCAUGGCCGUCCUUCAGCCGGAGAGCUACGUGGGGGCGUCCAGCCCUCGCCGUGUACGGAAGCUGAAGGAGGUCAUCUCCAAAAACACGUGUGACAUUCUCAAAGCGAUCACCAACAGCCCUCAAAAGGGUUAGGAUUAGGGAUAUGAUGUGUACAUAAAGUAUAAACUGCCUUCUGAACAUUAAUCGCAGUAACUUUACAAUUUUAGGACCAUUGUUGCUACAUUUAAUGGAUUUAUUUCUGUUUUUGAGUGCAAUGAGGACCCCUGUUACAUGACAUUUUGUCUUUGAAUUUUUCUGUUAUGGUGCGGCCAUUGGUGUUGAUAAUUGAAAAACCAUGUUUGUCAUCCAUCAUGAUGCUCUUGCUGCCUUAAUCCCCCAGACUCCGACUUCCCUCAUGCCCUCUUUUGCCUCCAGCAGAAAUGGAGGUUGCAGACUUGCAUUGAAACACAAAACAGACAAUAUUGACUUUAUUUUUCUAUGUGCAUAAUUUAAUGUUUUGAUUACUUUAUUAUGUCGUAUUUCCAACCUGGCACCUCUAAUAUCUGAACACACUUACUUUAUACAUGUACCCCUAAUUUCUCAGUUUCCAUGUUGUAUACAUGCGUUCAUAUAACUGUGCAGGGUUUUUCAUAUACAGUAUGACAAGGUAGAUUUGGUCCUUCCAAAUGAGUUGUAAUAUAUUUUUCAAUCAUUUAUUUUGUAUCUUCUUGCUAU